AUGACCGGCAAUAACGGCUUUUAUAACCCUCUCGAUCAGUCGCAAAUAGCGUUCAUACCCACUGAUCUGGAAUCUAUUAAUGAAAACGAUUCCCUGAAUGGUAGUGAGGAUAGUGUGGAGAAGGCCGUUUUCGGCCAUUAUUCGAAUCGAGCAUCCAUAGCAAUGUCCGACAUUAGCCACGGAAUGAUGGAAUCAUCGAACUCUCUUUUGCACGAUGCUUACCCAAAUAGUUUGAGUAGCCGCGAAGAUGAGAUGGAAAAGCUCUCGAGUAUUUCAAGCGGAUCGACAUGUGGUACAAAUAUGAGCCAUGGCGUGCGUUACAAGAUUGUUUUAAAGUUAAGCUCACGCGAGAUUAAGCUCAUAAGAGGGUCCUGGUCCAUGAUGCUGAACGAUGACAUAUCUGGGAAUAAGAUCUCGAGCUCAUUUCGAAAGUUAAUCAAUGAUCUCGGAUUGAUCCCAACUACAAAUAAGAACCGUAAAACCUCAACAGGAAGCGUGCGAGGUGUUGUUUCCAACUUGGGAAUCAAAAUGCGUUCAGGAGGUUCCUCCCCUGCUCCUGCACCCAUUAACACCAGCACAAUUGCAAGUUCCUUAUUCUGUGCACAGUUUUAUGCAAAUCUAUUAGCGAUGGACUCCGACCUAGAGCGGAUGUUUCCAUCUAUCAAGCACCAAGCUAUUGCCUUUGCUGGCGUGCUGACAAUGGCAAUCAAUAACCUCGAAAACUUAUCAGCUUUGGAAAGCUAUCUAUCCGAUCUGGGUAAGCGGCAUUCAAGAAUUUUGGGAAUUCACACAAUGCAUUUCGAGCUCAUGGGGAUGGCAUUUUUGAAGACAAUACAAGAUAGAUUUGGAAUACAUUCUUCAAUAGAAUUGGAGGAGACAUGGUCGAGACUAUAUUCCUACCUCGCAAAUAGCAUAUUGCAAUUUGGAAUUGAUCCUAUACUAAAAAUUGACUACAAUCAGAACGUGCUUGUGUUUCCUGUACCAGACUUGGUAAAGAAAACUCCGACAACCACGACACCAUUAAUUUCACCAUUCAAUUCAAAUAGUACUCAUAAGAACGUCAAUAGCACUCAAAUGAUCGGUACUAAUUACCACAAGAAUUCUUCGAUAGCCUCUUCCAUUGCUUCAAAUUCUGCUCCGAAAGUAGAAACACCCUCGCAGCAACUUCCAGGAGAGUUGCCGGCCAGUCAUUCGCGUGAACCGUACAUGUUUAGCGUGAGGAGGGGAGCGCCAAGCAAACCCCCUAAAAAAGAGCCCAAGUCGUCGUUCAACGGGCUCACGAAAAGAGUGUCAAUAUCCAGGGGCGAAGCAAAUGACAAGGACUGCAUUUUAAUGUAA